AUGGCUGAAGGCAGCCCGCUUCCCUUUCCCUCCCCCAGACUCAUCCUUGGAGACCACGCCGCCACCGCCCCCGCCCCCGCCAACGCCGCCGAUGAUGCGUCAGAGCAGCCCGAAAACGCCAAAAAGGACACCAAACACGCUCGCCGUCCCAGCAAAGACCGCAAGACCGCGCCUCGCAAGGCGCCCGCGGUAGACAAAGAUGCCAACGUCGUCAAGCCCAAGCAAACCAAGUCACGAAACGGUAUUACCAUGCUUACUUACCACGCACCGAGGCACCAGAACAUCUCCUCCCAUCAUAUCCGACCGUCUUACAUGGUCAUAUAUGAGUUUCACUCACGGACUUGAGAACCCUGAUGGCAAUGCUGAUAGAAGGUUUUGGCAGGAUGCGUGACCUGCAAAGCGAAACGUUUGAAGUGUGGCGAAGAGAAGCCCGCCUGUCAAAAUUGUGCCGCAUCCCAUCUCUCCCACCACACUUCUCAUCAACUGACCAGCGUGCAUCUGCAGGCGCGAAGAGAAAGAUCCCAUGCGGCGGUUACAAGAAGGUCUUCCAGUGGCGAGACUAUGGAAAGCCCGACGUCAAGACGAACAUCGAGCGUCAGAAGCAGGGUACGUCGAGCAAGUCGGGUCCCGUCUCUUUUGGCUCACAGAACUAGCAGCGACAUCAAACUCCCCGGUGCGCAAAUCUGCAGACUCUUCUGCCUCGGUGACGCCUUCAAAUGAGCAUCCUCCGAAGUUGCCUGGCUUGCCACAGGUUACGCCUGUGGAGACGAAGAGGAACGGUCAAGCUGCGUCGCCCGACCACGACGGUCUACCUACUCAGCCAUCGCGUCAGAGGAGGCAGAGCCCUUCGCCUCGGAAACAUGCCCAUAAUCCUCGAGAUAGCAUCUUCUCCCGCCCUGUCGAAGAAUCCCCCGAGCCUGCACCACCUCCUGAGCCGGAAGACGAGGGUCCCUCUUCGGAGUUUGCGAGCGUAAACUUCAAUCCCCAAUCGCUCUUCGCUUACCGCACGCGCUCGCUCUCCCCAGCACCCGUCAGAGGUCGUUCGCCGACCUUGACAGAAUUCUUGCAGGCGGAGCACCCUCUGGACGACGUCGAAAAUGGCAUUCAUCAGGACUUUGUCCCUUUCUCGCUCCCAGAUGACAUGCAUUUACCGCUCUGGACCACUGGUGCGGACGAUCCCACGCUGACGGCCGAGCACAUCUUUGAAGACCCCAGCAACAUGUUUGUGCCAAUUCAGAACAUUCAGGGGCACUCGUUUGCCUGGUCUCCCGGUCUCAACACGCCAACGUCGUCGGACACACCUGGAUCUCCCAACCAAUCACUUGCUCAGUGGAAUCACCCACUGCCGCAAAUUUUUAUGCAGCCAGAGUUCCCAAUCGACAGCCAUGAGCACCUUGCCAUGCGCUUCCUCAACACGACCUGCGGCAUUCUCUCAAUCAUGGAUGGAGCGACCGAGAAUCCCUGGCGCACACUGAUCUGGCCAAUGGCACAGACUUCGGCAGCUCUCUACCAUGCCCUGAUGGCAAUGGCUGCUUACCACGCUGCUCAUGAUUUUCCGGUGCUUAGGGUCGUUGGCCACGAAAACAAACAUGCGAGCAUCCAGAAUAUUGGCGCUGGUAUUAGAGACGUGAGUAUGUCUGAUCAGGCAGCAAUAGCGACAGCACUGGCCCUAGCUUUCUCCGAGUCCUGGGACCAACAUACAGCAACCGGCAAUAGCCACAUCAAAGGUGCUCAGGUGUUGGUCGGACGUUGCGUGGAAGGCCACCGGCGAAAACCCGUCACUGGCGUCGAGUUGAGCAGGCUCAAAUUCCUCUGCAACGCUUGGGUCUUCAUGGACGUCAUUUCACGCUUGACUUCAGUGGACAGUGACGAGUCCAACGACUUUGACAACGCAUUUUUAUUCGCUUCGAAUUCUUCAAACGUAGUUCAAGGAACAGAAAAGCACAGCAAAGACGGCUUCGGGAUCAACUUUGGCAUGCCUAUCGAUGCUCGACUGGAUCCUCUCAUGGGCUGCGCCGGUACACUCUUUCCACUCAUUGGGCGCGUGGCCAACCUCGUUCGAAAGGUGUGCAGGUCGCAAACCAAUUCUCCAGGUAUUGUCAGCCACGCCAGGGACCUCAAAUUCGCCAUCGACAGGUGGGAGUCGCCGGAAGAAAUCGAAUGUCCGCAGGAUCCAACAACUGCCGUUCAGGAUACCCUGCAGACAGCGGAGGCAUAUCGCUGGGCAACACUCCUCCAUCUGCAUCAAUCCGUCCCGGAGCUCCCCUCCUUGACGUCGGCCGACCUUGCACAGAAGAUUCUGGCUGCCUUGGCCACGGUUCCGACCACGUCCAGGACGCUCGUUGUGCAGAUCUAUCCACUCAUGGUGGCUGGCUGCGAGGCCUCAGAGGCCGAGGACCGUCAGUGGGUCCGCGAGCGUUGGCAGGUCAUGGCUGAGCGAAUGCGCAUCGGAGUCAUCGACAAGUGCAUGCAGGUCACCGAGGAGGUUUGGCGUCGCAAGGAUGCAUACGAAGCGAAGCCAAUCACGCAUCGAAAACUGGUGAAGACGGCUGAGCUCAACCCAGCUAGGCGGAGAGGUUCGCCAUUUCCACCUCGACGCGCGACAGAGGUCCUCAACUCCGAUCCUGGCCGGACCGGUGUUGUUUUCAGUUAUGUGGAGUCUGAAAGCGAGCCCAUGGGGAACCCGCUCAAGGACUUGAAUGGGCCAGAAUCUGCAAGAUGGAGGAAGGAUGUUUCAGACCGCGUCAUGGUGGAUCCGGCGUACUCGGUUCGAGGUCACUUGCAUUGGGUUGGCGUGAUGUGGGAUUGGGGUUGGGAGGGUAAGUGUGGCACGGAAUCUUCCACGGCAGAUGACAAUCGCUUACUGUGCGGACAGUUUUACUUGGAUGA